AUGGCGAAAUCAAGCGCUGACGAUGCUGAGCUCCGGCGAGCUUGCGAGGCUGCCAUUGAGGGAACCAAACAGAAGAUCGUCCUGUCCAUCCGAGUUGUCAAGACACACGGCACUUGGGGAAAAUCUGCCAAGCUUGGUCGUCAAAUGGCUAAGCCUAGGGUUCUCGCUCUCUCCACAAAAGCAAAGGCUCAGCGGACAAAAGCUUUUCUUCGAGUUUUAAAGUAUUCAUCGGGAGGAGUUAUUGAGCCUGCUAAGAUAUACAAGCUGAAGCACCUUUCAAAAUUGGAAGUUGUAACAAAUGAUCCCAGUGGAUGUACGUUUACACUGGGAUUUGAUAACCUUAGAAGCCAGAGUGUGGCUCCUCCACAGUGGACAAUGCGCAAUAUUGAUGACAGGAAUCGGCUCCUGCUUUGCAUCUUAAAUAUCUGCAAAGAUGUUCUGGGUCGCCUUCCUAAGGUUGUUGGUAUGGAUGUUGUGGAGAUGGCUCUUUGGGCUAAGGAAAAUACAACCUCAGUUUCCACUCAAAAUAAUCUACAAGACGGUGCUCCUGUUGAAUCUGCUGAAACCGAAACAAAAUUGAAAGUCAAUGUCGAAAAGGAACUUGUCUCCCAGGCAGAGGAAGAGGACAUGGAGGCUCUUUUGGGAACUUAUUUCAUGGGUAUUGGUGAAGCAGAGGCAUUUUCUGAAAGGUUGAAAAGAGAGCUUCAGGCUCUGGAAGCAGCAAACGUGCAUGCCAUUUUAGAAAGUGAACCUUUGAUAGAUGAGGUGUUGCAAGGGCUUGAAGCAGCAACAAAUUGUGUGGAAGACAUGGAUGAAUGGUUAGGCAUGUUCAAUGUGAAACUCCGACACAUGAGGGAAGAUAUCGAAUCAAUUGAAACCCGCAAUAACAAGUUGGAAAUGCAAUCAGUAAAUAACAAAACUCUCAUUGAAGAGCUUGAUAAGCUUCUUGAGCAAUUGAGUAUCCCUGCUGAGUAUUCAGCAUGCUUGACAGGAGAAUCAUUUGAUGAAGCGCGGAUGCUUCAAAAUAUAGAAGCAUGUGAGUGGUUGACCGGUGCCUUGCGUGGUCUUGCAGUACCUAAUGUAGAUCCAACUUAUGCAAAUAUGAGAGCCGUUAAAGAGAAGCGAGGAGAACUUCAAAUAAUAAAAUCUACUUUUGUCGGGAAAGCUUCUGAAUACUUGAGAAGUUACUUUGCUAGUUUUGUGGAUUUCAUGAUAAAUGAUAAAAAUUACUUUUCUCAGCGGGGACAGUUGAAAAGGCCAGAUCAUGCUGACCUGCGGUACAAGUGCAGGACAUAUGCACGUCUUCUGCAACAUUUAAAGGUUCUUGAUAAGAAUUGCUUGGGCCCAUUGAGAAAAGCUUACUGUAGUUCUCUAAACCUGCUUCUUCGCAGGGAGGCCCGUGAGUUCGCCAAUGAACUUCGAGCUAGUACUAAAGCUCCUAAAAAUCCAACUGUUUGGCUUGAAGGUUCCACAGGUUCUGGUCAGAAUGUAAAUUCUGCUGACACUUCUACAGUCUCUGAUGCAUAUGCAAAGAUGCUCACUAUUUUUAUCCCACUUCUGGUGGAUGAGAGCUCUUUUUUUGCACACUUCUUGUGCUUUGAAGUUCCUACACUUGUUGAUGGUAAUAAAACUGGACACAAUGAUGAUGCAAAUGAUGAUGAUUUGGGAAUUAUGGACAUUGAUGAGAAUAACUGCAAAUCUGGUAAAAAUUCUGUGGAGCUUGCAGCUUUAAAUGAAUCACUUCAGGAUUUGCUCGAUGGAGUUCAAGAAGACUUCUAUGCUGUUGUGGAUUGGGCAUACAAGAUUGAUCCUUUACGCUGCAUAUCGAUGCAUGGAGUAACAGAAAAGUAUCUCUCUGGUCAGAAAGCUGAUGCAGCAGGAUUUGUACGGCUUUUGCUUGGUGACCUGGAGUCUCGGAUAUCUAUGCAAUUCAGCCGUUUUGUUGAUGAAGCUUGCCAUCAGAUUGAAAAAUAUGAGCGCAAUGUUCGCCAAAUGGGUGUCCUACCCUACAUUCCCAGAUUUGCAACCCUUGCGACGCGUAUGGAGCAAUACAUUGCCGGACAAUCGAGGGAUUUGGUUGACCAAGCAUACACAAAAUUUGUUAGCAUAAUGUUUGUAACUUUGGAAAAAAUUGCACAAACAGAUCCAAAAUAUGCAGAUAUUUUUCUUAUAGAGAACUAUGCUGCUUUUCAGAAUAGUUUGUAUGACCUUGCCAACGUUGUGCCCACUUUGGCCAAGUUUUAUCAUCAGGCUAGUGAAGCCUAUGAGCAAGCUUGCACACGCCAUAUUAGCAUGAUUAUCUACUAUCAAUUUGAACGCCUUUUCCAGUUCGCAAGAAGAAUUGAGGACUUGAUAUUCAAUAAUGUUGCACCCGAAGAGAUUCCUAUCCAGCUUGGGCUGUCAAAAGCGGAUUUUCGGAAGAUGCUAAAGUCCAGUUUAUCUGGGGUGGACAAGUCCUUUGGGGCAAUGUAUAAGAAACUGCAGAAGAACUUAACUUCGGAGGAACUGUUACCUUCCUUAUGGGAUAAAUGCAAGAAGGAUUUUCUUGAUAAGUACGAAAGUUUUGUGCAACUUAUCGCCAAGAUUUACCCUGCUGAGUCAAUCCCUUCUGUAGCAGAGAUGAGAGACAUUUUAGCUUCCAUGUGA